ACAACUCUUCUCCUCCAUAUAUGCUAUUGGGCUGUUGUGCUUUAUCUUCUUGUCUCCCUUCCCUACAUAAACCAUUCCAAUUUAUAAAAAUAUAAUACCAACUGAGAGGCAAGCCCUACCUGAACUGUUAAGAUAAACUUGUAAUCUCUUUCUAUAUAUAUAUAUAUAUAUAACUUUUUGGCUUUCCCUUGUAGUAUUAUUAUUAUUAUUCCUUUCAGUUCAAUUGCACUUGGGGAGUUCACAAAGUGUUUGCUUCUCUGUGAAAAGUUCACCAGAAGAGAAAGCGAAACACUGGAGAAAGAUAGUUAUCAUCAGUUAGGUCAUCACCUCCUUCCUAUUUUAGUGUCUCCUUCCUUCAAUUAUUGUUCAUCAAAGAAUCAAAUGUGUACGAGAGGCCACUGGAGGCCUGCAGAAGAUGAGAAGCUUAUGGAAUUGGUGGAACGCUAUGGACCUCAUAACUGGAACGCCAUAGCUGAGAAGCUCCAAGGAAGAUCAGGUGCAGAAAACAAAUCAAUCUUUCUUAUGGGGAAGAGCUGUAGGUUAAGAUGGUUUAAUCAAUUAGACCCAAGGAUCAAUAGGAGCCCUUUUACAGAGGAGGAAGAAGAAAGGCUUCUUGCAUCUCACAGGAUACAUGGAAAUAGAUGGGCUGUGAUUGCCAGACUUUUUCCAGGGCGUACUGAUAACGCAGUGAAGAAUCAUUGGCAUGUGAUAAUGGCAAGAAGGUCCAGAGAGAGAUCACGAUUUUACGCGAAAAGAGCCUCCAUAACUGUAAUUAACGAACGCAAGUCCUUACCAAGGACGAAGACUGAACAAGGAAACCUCAAGGAGCUCUAUCCUCAGAUUCCUUGUUACUGCCCUAAGAUGCUUGAAGAUAGAAACAACCAGAUUGAGUUCUACGAUUUCCUUAAUGUAAACACCGACUCUAAUCGAAGUGAAGUGACUGAUAAUGCAAGAAGAGAUGAAGAAGAAGUGGAUCAGAAAGGUAAGGAACAAGAGAACGACGAGCCUACCGUUCAAUUCAUCGACUUCAUGUCAGUUGGAAGCUCAUCAUAGAGUUGGUAUCUUGAAUGAUAAUCUAACACAGUUGAUCUAAGAAAUUUAUACAAACACGUUGGACCUAGAUUCUAUCUUGUUAAAAGUCAGAUAGAACUGAAUAUAUUUAUGUAUGGCAAUCAAAGACUGAGAUUUUACAUGAAAAUAGAAAUGAUAGGGAAAUUGCAGAAGUGCAGUGCUAUGGAAUUUUGAGAAGAGAUGAACAUAAUUAGGAGUUCUAAGCAUCUGCAAUGAUUCAAUGUAACAUGGAUUUGAAUAAAUUUUGUGAGAAUCCAUUGAAAACAAUACUUAUUAAGUAUGUAUAUAAUCAUUUUACUCAAAUGAUCCAAGAGCUGAUAUUUUAGUCUCA